AGAAGUAAUAUAGAAUCAGAUUUGAGUGUAGAAGACAAAAAGAAGCCCUUUAGCCAAGAAUUAAAAAAUAAUAUGACAGAAGAGCUAGUACAAGAGUUAGAAAAGAUGUUAAUUGUUAUAUCUGUAUUAAUGAGUACUGAAAUUGUAGAAAAUACGCAAAGGCUUAGUAAAGGUAAUAAACAGAAAGAAAUUCCA